GUUUGUUGCAAUUCGUUAAAUAAUUUGUACUUGAUUCAUUAGCGGAGAAUUAUGUCUUGUCGCUGCAUACAGCUGUAUUGCUUUCAAAAAUAAUAGUGCAUGUCCAUUGAGGGACAAUCAGACACCAUUUUGAUCAGUGGCUAAGAUUACCCAAAACAAUAACAAAGCAUUUGCUGACUAAGAAGCGAAAGCUGAACCUCGAUAUUUGGAAAAGAUCAGAAACACUAUUGAAUAAUGGCCGAAACUGAUGCGACGGGGACGGGUGUGGUGGCAGCACCAGCUGGCGCUCGAUUUAUGCCGCCUGAGGAGUUAGCCAUGCAAUCGCUUACCAAACAGUUAUACAAAUCUCGACUCUUUCGAGGCGUUUACCUCGAGCGUUGCUUUGUCGAUCAGCUUGGUGGCUAUCGCGAUGUUAUAGUCCUACAGCGCAGCGAACGUGAUCUGGAAAAGCAGCUGUUGUCUAGCGCAGAGAAACUGCAAUUGUUCUAUCAGCGUUUCGUGCCCAAUAUGUGGGUGGGCAUUACCAGAGGCAGCGUGGGCAACUACAAGCACAUUCCACAUCCUGCACAGCUGGACACAUGCAUUUGGACGGAGCUCAGUGAUUUGGCUUUUGGUGAAUACUGGUUCAGCAUUAAGACGCUACGGUUUCGAAGUCAAGAAGUUCAGAUCAAAUUGAAAAUGGUUAGGCCUGUUGAAGACGAGCCUCUGCCAACACCACGACCCUCACUAAAGAAAAGUAGCCCUAGCAGAGCCUUAACUUCUGGGGACAGCAACAAAGUUGUUGUUGAUGACGAAGUACAACCACCGCAAAUCGGAUUGGCUGAUUUUCUGGAGGUUCUGCAACAGUGGCGUCAGUCAAUUGUAACGACAACGUACGAAUUUAUGGCAAACGAUGUGAAUAAGCGCAAUAUAAUAGGAACAAUACGAUUUCUGUGUCUGAUCGUGUUUUCCAUAUUGAGUGGCGCUGCUGUCGCUCUUCGGUUUAUGGGCAUCUUUGCGGUGCGCUUUUUGUUCGAGCUCAGUCGCUUCACACACACCGCUACCCCAAUUAUUUUUAAACUAAUCGAGUUUGUCAACAGAAUAGUGGGUGCAAUCUUCGUCCUCAUAGCGAUGAUAUGGAAGGAUUUGUUUGUAAAUCGAGGCGGCUCUGCGCCUAGACCACAAGCACUUGAGGCAAAUAAUCAAUUCAAGAGCAUCACCUAUGAGAAGUCCGAACAGAAGCAUCGCAGCCCGCGCUAUGCGUCAUCUCAUUAUCGGUAAUGCCGUUUGAAUCAACUUACCUCUCUAUAUCUUGGCUGUCCCAAUUUGUAGGUUGCAUCUGCAUUUAGUCACGGGGCUAUGGGCUUUCGGGGUAUUGUUUUCCCUCUCAAAUUGUGUUACUAGCAGUAAAAUUGUAAACAGCACUCAGUCCCUCAGAUUUCGUUGAUGUUUGCUCAGCAAACAUUCAAAAAUGAGAUUUUGACAUUUUAAACUUGUAAUUGUUGUUCAACUAUUUAUAUUAUUUUAAACAAUCAGGUGUUUUUUAUUAUUGUAUAUUAACACGUGUAUUGUUUUCAAAAUUGUAUAGUCUGCGGACAGGAUUGUUCGAUAAAAU